AUGGGUGUUGAGGGCAUUGAGGUCAAGGGUUACGAUGGUCCUGACACUGCGGAGGGCGUGAUUCUCGAAAAGCACGCCGCCCAGGUAGAGGCCAAGUACGGCCAGACUGUUCGAGGUCUCGCCCCCCGCCAUGUCCAGCUCAUUGCUAUCGGAGGUGCCAUCGGUACUGGCCUGUUCGUCGGCAUCGGUGGUGUCCUCUCCAAAGCUGGUCCUCUGUCUUUGAUUCUGGGUUACCUUGGCUGGGGCAUGUUCUUCGUGUGGCCUACUAACCUGUGUGUCGCCGAGAUGUGCUCAUACCUCCCUAUCCGUGGAUCUAUCUUCGAACUGGCCGGCCGCUUUGUUGACCCUGCUCUGGGUUUCGCCAUGGGCUGGACGUACUUCUAUACCGGUGUGAUGCUUGUGUGUGUCGAGUACAGUGCCGUUGCCACGCUCAUGCAAUUCUGGGUGGACGGCGUUAACCCCGCAGCUUGGAUUGUCAUGGGAAUGGUCAUAUGCAUUACCCUCAACGUGGUGGCUGUCAAGUGGUAUGGUGAAUCUGAGUUCAUCAUGGCUUCGCUCAAGAUCCUACUGCUCUUCGGCCUCCUGAUGCUCACUCUCAUCACCAUGUGCGGUGGCAACCCUAAGCAUGAUGCCUAUGGCUUCCGCUCCUGGGGAGAGGGCAGGGCUAUGCUCAGCUACCACUCGGAGGGUGCAACUGGCCGCUUCCUCGGCUGGUGGAAAGUCAUGAUCUACGCUGCCUUCACCAUCACUGGCCCUGACAUGAUCGCCUUGUCUGCUAGUGAGAUUCAGAACCCUCGCCGCACCAUUCCCCGUGUCGCCAAGCUCAUCUUCUAUCGUCUCGUCGGCUUCUACGUUCUCGGCGUCUUGGGUGUCGGCAUCAUCUGCGCUAGCAACGACCCGACUUUGAAGGAUGCCCUCGUGAAUGGCGCGCCUGGUGCUGCUGCCUCUCCUUGGGUCAUCGGUAUUAAGAACCUGAAUAUCAAGUUCCUCCCUCACUUGAUCAAUGCUCUCGUCUUGACCUCUGGUCUGUCAUGCGGCAACGCUUACCUAUAUGCCUCCUCGCGUACCCUUUAUGGCCUUGCCCGAGAUGGCCAAGCCCCAAAAUUCUUGAUGAAGUGUACCAAGGCCGGUGUCCCCAUUUACUGCGUUGCCGUCGUCUCCCUCCUAAGCUGCAUUACCUUCCUCGUUUCGUCCACCUCUGCCAUUGAGGUCUUCUACUGGUUUGUUGACCUCACCACGACUGGGUUCAUCGCCACCUACACCAUGAUGAUCAUUACCUUCCUCGGCUGGUACCGCGCCCGCGUCAAGCAGGUUUUGGAGGUCGCCCACCUCCAUUACGUUGCUCCCUAUUCUCCAUAUGGGGCGUAUAUGGCACUAGUCCUCGGCGUCCUCGCCCUCCUCUUCUGUGGAUUCGACCAGUUCGCCCCCUUCCAUGUUCAAGGCUUUAUCACCAACUACUUCUGUUUGCCCUAUAGCAUCGGCGCCUUCACGCUGUGGAAGCUCGUCAAGAGGACAAGGUUUGUGAGGCCGGAAGAAGCGGAUCUCAUAUCUGGUAAGAAGGAAAUUGACGAUGAGUGCCGUAUCUGGGAAGAAGGUGGCAUCGAGGAGAACUGGAGGAGAAAGCUUGCGGCCAUGCCGUUCUGGCAGCGUCUUUGGGAGAGAAUGUGGUAA